AUCACAGUUUCAGACUCUAAGCGUCGCCAAGCAGUUGUAGUGCUAACAUGCUAACAUGCUAACCCGGGAGAGUUCACCGGCGAUAAAUCCGAAAAACGCACAACUGAAACGGUAGAAAACAGUCAUCUGUGAGCGAAGACCAUCCACAGGGACUGAUGGGAAACUGAAGAGAAAGUUUUUAACUUUUAACAGUCCCGCUCCCCUGCCUGCUAGCUCUGCUGCUAGCCUGCUAACGGCUAACCGGGCUGUUAGCAGUUUAAAAAGUUUGUGGAGCUAGCUGGUGGAGGUGAGAGAGGCCGGGAAUUAGUCGGACCCAUGACGGUGGAAGGUGUCCGACACUCCCCGAUCCUGUCCGCCCUGUUCAGGAUGACCGCGGAGGACACCGAGCUGCUGGGAGCCGCUCAGUUCAUCAGAGAGCGUCUGUACUUCGCCACGUUACGCAGUAAACCUAAAAGCACCGCCAACACUCACUACUUCUGCACCGAUGACGAGUUCCUCUAUGAAAAUUUUUAUGCAGACUUUGGUCCUCUGAAUCUGGCCAUGUUGUACCGAUACUGCUGCAAACUCAACAAGAAGCUCAAGUCGUUCACUCUGACCAGGAAGAGGAUCGUUCACUACACCAGCUUCGACCAGAGGAAGAGAUCCAAUGCUGCUGUGCUGAUUGGAGGCUACGCUGUGAUCUACCUGAAGAAGACUCCAGAAGAAGCUUACAGAGCUCUGAUCUCUGGCUCCAACGCCUCCUACCUGCCCUUCAGGGACGCUUCCUUUGGGAAUUGCACCUUCAACCUCACAGUGCUCGACUGCCUGCAGGGAAUCAGGAAGGCUCUGCAGCACGGCUUCUUUGACUUUGAGACGUUCGACGUGGACGAAUACGAACACUAUGAGCGGGUGGAGAAUGGAGACCUGAACUGGAUUGUCCCGGGGAAGUUUCUAGCCUUCAGCGGUCCUCAUCCUAAAACUAAAAUAGAGAAUGGCUACCCUCUGCACGCCCCCGAGGCGUACUUCCCCUACUUCAGGAAACACAACGUGACUACUGUCAUCCGUCUGAACAAGAAGAUCUACGACUCCAAACGCUUCACCGAUGCCGGUUUCGACCACUAUGACCUCUUCUUCUUGGAUGGCAGCACACCCGGUGACAUCAUUAUACGCCGUUUCCUGCACAUCAGCGAGAGCACGGACGGAGCAGUAGCCGUCCACUGCAAGGCUGGUCUAGGCCGGACGGGCACUCUGAUUGGCUGUUACCUGAUGAAACACUACCGCUUCACAGCAGGUGAGGCCAUUGCCUGGAUCAGGAUCUGUAGACCGGGCUCUGUGAUUGGACCACAGCAGAACUUCCUGGAAGAGAAGCAGUCAGCCAUGUGGUUGCUAGGCGACAGCCAACGUUCCCAGAAGAUCAAGACGGAGGAGAGGGCGGUGUCUCACCUCAUCACUACCAUGGAUGACCUUGCCUUAAACCCCGCCCACAACUCUACAAACUUCGCCCACAAUAACAGCAGCAUGUUUGGAUCCCCGAGCAGCGACCGCCUGACUGACAGUGAGCCGGUGGACAGCGGACCAGGUCUGACUCAGGGAGACAAACUGAGAGCCUUAAAGAGCCGACGGCCCCCCCGACCCGCCACCACCGGAACGCUCAGAGUGGAGGAGAUGAAGGUUCACAGCAGGUCGACCUCGCAGCCACUCAGAUUGUCGAUGGGUGUCGGCCAGGGCCCCUCCUCCCCCCUCAAGACCUCCAAGUUCCCAGCAUCCUCUUCUUCUGCUGCAGCCAAGAGGAUCGGAAGAAGUCCAUCGUCAUCGGCCUCCAACAUGAGGAGCUCACGGUUGGCCAGCUCUCUCAGUGAUCUGUAUGCUGCAGACGUGGAGGAGGACAAAAACUCUCCCUACUCCUCUCUUCCUCCUCCCUCUUCCUCCUCCUCCUCCUCUGUAUCUCUCAGCCCCUCCCCCUCCGCUCUGGCCCCGCUCUCUCUCAGUCGUUAUGGUAAUGGCGCUCGCGGUGUGCAGCAAGAGGUGAACAACAACAGCGGUGUGUACGGGGGCUCAGCAGCGCCCCCUGCAGGGAAAAGCUCCGGCUUCAUCGGCAGCAGGCCAGGGCCCCAGGACUUCAACCCAUACAGGGGCCCAGGGCCCUACAGCGCCCUGAAGGGCCCGUCAGGACGCUACCUGAGCCGCUCCAUACCUUCUCUUCAGUCUGAGUACGUCCAAUACUAGAACUACAGACCUGACCUGAGGACAGAUUACCCAUAAUCCCCAGUGUGGGCGGCUCAAAGGGAAAGCUGGUGAAGCAGCUGUGUGUUCAUACUUUAUGUAAAUGAGCUGAUGUAAAUAUGUUGUCAUUACUUGCGUGUGAUUGGCUGAAACAGAUUUAUUUAGAUAAGAAGACUCAUUUUAUAUUUGUUUUUUUUAUAAACUGAAGGAACAGCUGACAGCAGCUCUCUGUUGUCAUGGUUACAGUAUUGUCUUCUGAUUACUGAUGUUACAGAUCAGUUACUGAUCAGUUAGUGUUGUUAGUGAUCAGAAAUCAGAUUCACAUUAAUCAGCAGCAAUAAUAAUGAAGAAGGGACAAACUCAGGGGGUGUGUGUGUGUGUGUGCGUGCGUGCGUGCACGUGUGUGUACGUGUGUGUGUGCACGCGAGAGUGAGCGUGUGCGUGCGUGUGUGUAUGGGGCGGAGCCAGCAGCAGUCAACAGUCAGUCAGCCUUUAGGACUCAUCUGAUUGGUCAGCCUGGAGUCUCUGAGACAAACCGGAGAGUAAAAAUGAUCAGCUGAUGAAACAUUAAUCCGUCAGUUUAAAGUUAUUUUAAUGUUUUUUUAGCUUCACGUGAUCAUCAGUAUUUAAACUUAACGAUUAUUACAACAGUUAUUAAUCUUCAUUAAAAUGUUUGAGUAGAAAAACAAAUUUUUCAAGUGAAACUAAAUGUUUAUCAUCCUUGUCACAGGUUGAUAUUAUUGGUUAUUGAUUCAGAAUAAACAUCAGUUUGAUUCUUGUCACAGAAUAAGACACAACAUCUCUGCUGAAAACAGAUUCAAGUUUUUAGGUGAAUAAAUCUCCAACAGUCUGAUCAAUAAAAUGUAUUUAUUAUUUUAGUGUUUGCUCUUGGUGUCACGCUGUAGACCAGCUGAUGAUGCGUUUACUGACCAGAGGAUGUGUUGUAGAAUUGAGCCCUGUGUCUCCUUUAUGAGCAGCAAACAUUUUGUGUUCUGUGAUGAAAUAUCAGAUAAUCUGAGGUGUUUGACAUGACAUGUCUCUCCUUUAAAUUUACUUGUUAAUUCUAGUCAUUUUAAUUAUGAAUGAUUUUAAACGAACAAAACACUUAAUAGAUCUCAUCAUCAUCCACUACUAAUUAAGGCUUAAAUCAAACUUUCACCCUGUUGUUAAAAUGAAUGAAUGAAUUAUUAUAUAUGAUGAGUUUUUAACAUUUAACCAGGAGUUUACUCUAAAAACGUCAAACAACAUAAAACCAUUUUUUUGCUUUUUCUAAUUCAUGUUGUUAUUUAAAAACUCUGGAGAUGAUCCAUUAAUAUUAUUGUCCAUUGAUUGUAGUAAUGACAUGUUAAUGAACAGAGCUGAAGUCCAUCAGUAUUAAUGUGAGUUCAGGAAACAUUGACAUUCGAAAAGAUUAAAAAGUUUAAAUGAUUUUUUUCACAUAAUUUUGAUCCAUAAACUGAAAAUCUGACAGCUGAGAUCAGCUGAUUUUCACCUUCUGGUGACUCACCUGCUGACUGUUCUUAAGCUGCUCUGAUUGGUUGAAACGAGAUGAUGGUGGAUGUUAAUGUGUUUAUGUUUAGAUGAAGGUGAUGAUGAUGAUGAUGAUGAGUCUUCUACCUCCGACAACGUCGUCCUGACGACCUUUGUUCGUCUUGAAGAAAUGAAACGUGUCACAGACGUGUUCUCUCCGUGUUCUGUACGUGUGCGUGACUCGCGGGCCUUUAACACAUUCAGGGGAAAAUAAAACUGACCUUCUCAAAAUAACAGCUGAGUCACUGACGUGCCUUAACCUUGAGUCUACAGCAGAGGGCUUUUAUUUUGAAGGAUGUUUAAUGUUUCUCUGCUCCUCAUGUUCUGAUUCUGUAUUUAAUGUUGAAGUAUUUCAUGGAGAGAAGUUAGAAAAUAACAUUUUCUGUCGGAGCAAUAACAGAAAAUAAAUGUAUUUUUCUUCAUCAAA